AUGAACAUUGAGCGAAGGUUUGACCUUGUAUUUGCUCAGAUUAAAGAUGCACUGCAGAAAAACUCUUCAGAAUACGGAGAUAAAUACCAACAUUGUGACGUGACUAAUUUCAGGAACGGAAGCAUAGUGGUUCAGUACAAGGUGUACUACGAGUUCACUACUACUAUAAUCAUCGAGGAAACGGUCCAAAAAGAUAUCAACAGCUCCCUAACACCAAUUGAUUCCAGUCGUACACAGUUGUCUAAUUUUGUGGUCAUAACAACGAGUUUGACUAUCACGGUAAAUGUUGAGACUUAUGUAAUAGAUCCCAUAACAACUAGUUCAACAACAACAUCAACUACAGCACCAGCAACAGAAACCACAACCGACAGUUCCACAGGAACCACAUCCGACAGUACAACAUCGACUACAGUACCAGCAACAGAAACCAAAACCGACAGUUCCAAAGAAACCACACCCGACAGUACCACAUCGACUACAGCACCAGCAACAGAAACCACAACCGACAGUUCCACAUCGACUACAGCACCAGCAACAGAAACCACAACCGACAGUUCCACAUCGACUACAGCACCAGAAACAGAAACCACAACCGACAGUUCCACAUCGACUACAGCACCAGUAACAGUAUCCACAACCGACAGUUCCACAUCGACAUCACCAGUAACAGUGUCCACAACCGAGAGUUCCACAUCGACUACAGCACCAGUAACAGUAUACACAACCGACAGUUCCACAUCAACUACAGCACCAGUAACAGUAACCACAACCGACAGUUCCACAUCGACAUCACCAGUAACAGUGUCCACAACCGACAGUUCCACAUCGACGACCUCACCAGUAAAAGUACCCACAACCGACAGUUCCACAUCGACUACAGCACCAGUAACAGAAACCACAACCGACAGUUCCACAUCGACUACAGCACCAGUAACAGAAACCACAACCGACAGUUCCACAUCGACGACAUCACCAGUAACAGUAUCCACAACCGACAGUUCCACAUCGACAACAGCACCAGAAACCAUAGCAACAGCUGAACCAGUGAACUAUACAGCAGAUGUCCAUGUUUCCAGUAUAGUUGCAACUGUUGGAGAACUCACGACAUCAAAAGCGUGCAUAGUCACUCCGCACGGAGAAUGGCUUCAAAUCAACGUAUCAGUCGAUUCGGGCGGGGUGUCGCACGUCAUCGGGAAAUUAGAUUACAUCCAAUCUUUUGAAACCCCAUCUUCUUUGGACAGAUUUAAUGCUACUCCUAUGUCAGAAGUAAGCAUCGACUCUAAGGUUCAUUACAACGAAGGUGAUCAGAUGACUUUCAAUUGUACAACGAAAGUGGAUCCAAAUUAUAGUGACUUUUAUGCUGAAUUAAUCAAAGAUUCCAACCUUCUUUUCACAAUUCCCGGUCCAGAUUUUGGAACUGAACCUAAUUCCGACUGUUCCAUUGAUUUCAACUGGAUUGGUGGUUACUUGCUUCCGCUGCUGACUUCCAAUCAAAACGGCGUCAUAGUCCGCUGUGUUGUAAGAAACAAUGUACUGAAUAAGACUAAGACAGCUGAGAAAACGCUGAAUGUAUCAUCGUCAGCUACAACUACAACACCAGUAUCAGAAACGACAACCGACAGUACCACAUCGACUACAUCACUAGUAAUAGUAUCCACAACCGACAGUUCCACAUCGACUACAUCACCAGAAACCAUAACCGACAGUUCCACAUCGACUACAGCACCAGUAACAGAAACCACAACCGACAGUUCCACAUCGACGACAUCACCAGUAACAGUAUCCACAACCGACAGUUCCACAUCGACAACAGCACCAGAAACCACAACAACAACAACUGAACCAGUGAAAUAUACAGCAGAUAUCCAUGUUUCCAAUAUAGUUGCAACUGUUGGAGAACUCACGAUAUCACAAGCGUGCGUAGUCACUCCGCACGGAGAAUGGCUUCAAAUCAACGUAUCAGUCGAUUCGGGCGGGGUGUCACACGUCAUCGGGAAAUUAGAUUACAACCAAUCUUUCAAAACCCCAUCGUCCUUGGACAGAUUUAAUGCUAGUAUCCGCAUGAAUGGUGAUACAGUUGAUGUGAUGGUGACUCUGAAUCUAACGGAACCAACAACCGAAAUCUGCUCCUGGGACAACAGUUAUAAAGUGUAUUGCUCUGUGAUUAUGAACGACACUUUUUCGACUAAGGUGGUUGAUUUCAAUCCAAUUUCCGUGACAGGUAAGUGA